GCUUCACCUGCUCCGCCGCCGCCUAAUUCGCCUGCUUCACCUGCUCCGCCGCCGCCUGCUUCACCUGCUCCGCCGCCGCCUGCUCCGCCCCCUACCUGCCUGCUCCGAUAUGCUCAGCCCCUAAUUCGAAACCCUAGCCUAAAAUCAGAUUUGAUCGUGACUGGAAGAAAAUUGAGGCUUUUGUUGGCUCAUUUUACUCUAAUCGAGGGUCAUGUUCAAGAAGCUACAGGACUUGAGAAAGAGCCUCAAGUUUAGAUUUGUUGAUCCAUCAAUUGUAUGUCAUAUACCAUCGACGAAUAAUGAUAAAAAGUCUGUCAAUGAAAGAAUUGAACGAAGGCUCAAAAAUUGGCAGGAAGACUUGUUGGCACAUUAGUCGAUCAACUUGUCAUGGUUCCAUGUAAUGUGUGUGACCAUUGGAUUCUUACGAUCAUCGAUCCUUAUAAGGAGGAAGCUGCUAUGUUGGAUCCCUUUUAUGAUGGUAUUCAUGAUGGUGUUUGGAAACAAGUUGUUCAAUUGGCAUUAAAGCUUUUCAAUGCCCAAAAGCAGAGGAAAGGAAGAAAGAUGUCUUCGUGGUCAGUAAUUAAGGUUCCUAAACAACCAGACAACUUUCAAUGUGGUUUCUAUGUAAUGAAAUACAUGAAGGAAAUAGUUGAGUGUGAUGGUUCUCAGACGAUUGGCUCGUUGCAUUCAUUGUUAGAUAAACCAAGUUACUCCAAAGAGGACAUUGAUGACGUGCGUAAAGAAUGGGCGGACUGUGUACAAGAUCAUAUACUUGAGUAAAGAGGUAUGACGUUGCUAGUUUGGAUGCAAAGUGGAAAAAUGUCAUAUACACUUGAAAGUUUUAGUUGACGCUUAGUGAAGAACAUUGCUUAGUUGCAUAUUUUGGUUGGUAGAAUUAUGUUUAAAGUACAAUGCAAAAAAUUCUAGUCCGUUGAACUAAUUCCCGUUUCUAGAUUAUUGUAAUGACUCUUGAAUAUUAAACUUUAUUUAAAUUUAUGUGUUUUGAUUUGUGUUUA